UAAACGGCGCUUCAGCCUAACUAACCCAAAAUUACUACGAAAAGAAAAGAAGAGAGAGUGAGAGAGGAAAAAAAAAAAAAAGAAAAAUAAGAAAAAGAAAAAUAGCCUGCUAUCGUUCUUCAUCUUCUACUUUUGGGUGGUUUCAAAGUCAAAAUUCUCUAGCGGUUCUCCAUUAUCUCUUGGCCAGAUCUCCAUCGAAUUGCUGACUGCCCUCCGACGCUCGUCUUCUCCAGGUAUGAUGGACUAUGGAGAUAUUAUCUGUUCUCUGUAAUGUGAAAUUAUGGAUUCAGCUUUGUAAUGUGAAACUGGAGUUCUUUAGGUUGUUGCCUCCUUUUGGGUCUUUCAAGAAAUCAGAGAAUGGUUUCAUUCCGAGCAUUCUUGAACAGCCCUGUUGGGCCAAAAACUACUCAUUUUUGGGGACCUGUUGCCAACUGGGGAUUCGUGGCUGCUUUCUCAAUUGUCUUGAUCAUGUUGGUGGACUCAAACAGGGGUUAGCAGACAUGAACAAGCCACCAGAAAUGAUUUCUGGCAACAUGACAGCAGCAAUGUGCGUCUAUUCAGGACUGUUCAUGAGAUUUGCAUGGAUGGUACAACCCCGCAAUUACCUACUUCUUGCUUGUCAUGCCUCAAACGAGACUGUACAGUUGUAUCAAUUCUCACGUUGGGCAAAGGCUCAAGGGUACUUGUCAGAGAAGAAAGACGAAGCUGCAUCUCAGUAGCUUGAUGCUAUAUUCCCACAUCCUGUUGUCUCUAUAACAUUAUUUUCUACGGGUUGUAAUUUGACUCAUUGAUAAUCAUUGUGUAUGUUAUUUGAAAAUAUGUCGAGGAAACUACUUCAGUAACACCAGAAUGGAAUUGGGAAUUUUUCUCCCGAGAAGCAAUAAAAAUUAUUUCAGAUUUGCCAA